AUGGUAGAAAUGGACCCCUAUUGUGUGACUCUUGGAGGGGAGCAUCUUCACAGCGAAGAUCAUGACUUGCGCAUGAGACAAAAGAAAGACAUUGGUCGCUCCUGGGCGCCCAAGCGUAUUGUCAUCUGCUGCGACGGGACCUGGCAGUCCUCCGUCUCGGGCAAGAAGAACGUGCCAUCCAACAUCACUCGGCUCUGUCGCGCGCUGAAUCGCGUAGGAACUGACGCAGAUGGUAGAGUAUGGCAGCAAGUGGUCUGGUACGACUCCGGCAUUGGGACGACCGCCCUCGCACUAGGAGAUGCCGUCGAAGGAGCAUUUGGCGAGGGUCUCGAAGGCAAUGUCAUUGAGGCAUACAACUUCUGCGUACUCAACUAUAACCCCGGAGAUAAAAUCAUGUGUUUUGGAUUUUCCCGUGGUGCCUUCACUGCGCGCACUAUCGCUGGUCUAAUCUCGGAUAUCGGUAUUUGCGAUCAAAGCAACCUGAACAAAUUCCCCGAUCUGUGGAAAGUAUACAAGCAGCACGGUAAAGAUCAUCCUGGACAGCGGUUCCAUCGCAGUGAUGCUUGGUACGAAUGGAUGUGGGGGAAGCUCGAUGAAAACCAAGGUGCUGGAGGCCCAGACGAGACGGAGCUUCGUUGGACUCAGAAGGCAGAGGGUGAAUGGUCUCCAGAUGAGACGAAAGAAGUCGAAGUAGUUGGUGUCUACGACACCGUUGGUGCCUUGGGAAUGCCUGAAGUCUUUGGGAUCAAAUUUCCUCAGAAGUUUCUGUUUUGGAAAGAUCAACCUUACUGGCAAAACACAGAGCUCUGCGCCAACAUUAAACACGCCUACCAUGCUCUUGCUCUUGACGAGUCCCGCAGGGCAUUUAGCCCGACUCUAUUCUACAUCCCAACCCAGCAAGUUUCCAAGGGCGACUUGAAGGAGAAGAUCGACGCCGAGGAAAAGGCUAAGAAAGCUUUCAAAGACAAGCGGGAUGAAGCACAAUCUCUCAAAGCGAACAAUGCCGCCAAUGAGCUCGUUAACCAGGCUUGCCGCGAGGCCAAUGAGCUCGCCAAGAUAUGGAACAGAACACAACGAAAGCGUGUGAAGUAUCAGAACCGGCUGGAACAGCACCCUGAGCUAAAGCAAGUGUGGUUCCCUGGCUACCACGUCAAUGUCGGCGGAGGCUCGAGUGAUACCCUUCACAACAAAGGCGACAUGGAAGAGAUGUCCAACAUCGCAUUUUCUUGGAUGCUUGACCAGAUCCGACCCCACCUUUCCAUCAACGAGGAAGCUAUCAUGAAGGAUUACGCUGAUCGUGAGGAACUUAUCGCCCAAUACAACAAGGAUCUUCGAGAGUGGCAACGACAGCAAAUAGCUCGCAAGAAUGAGUCCUGGGGCGCAUGGGGCUCGCGCAUUGCAGUCGCAACUGCUUCGAACAUCAUCCAUCCAUUCACUCCCAGCACUGAUCUGCCCAAGCCUGCUUUUGACAAACUUCGUGUUUACCGGUGGGGCCUUGGGGAGAUGUUAGACAGCUACACCCCGAUGUACUGGGCUAAUGGGCAGACUAAGCGUACGCCUGGCAGGGGAGUCGAGGCUGAGAAGAACGGGAAGACUGUCAUUUGUGGCGACACCCAUGAGUUCAUCCACCCCGUCGUACACUACCGAAGGGAGCAUUUCAAGGCGAUGAAUCCCGGUAGCCCGGAAGUCCAACUUUACCAUCCCAUUGGCAAGGAGUUUGACUCCAACUAUCUCCGUCGCUCCACUAUCGACAAACAUGGAACCCCAGCAUUCGAAUAUAGAAUUGGAAGCUCGCCAAAUUUUAUUGAAGAGUGGAAAAUGGGUGGAGCAGACUCUUAUGAACGAUUGGCGAUCAAGGAAACCGCAGCAUAUGCUCACGUCGACGAGCUUGAGAAGUAUUAUAAUUCUGGCUUUGAGGGGAUUCGCCGUCCUGUCUUAAAACUCCCGAAGGAAACGACUGAUCCUGAAUCCUCUGAUCUGGAAGGGGUUCUAGGGUGUGGUUUUGGUUCUUUCGUGGCUGUGAAGCCCAGCCGCCCCAUGAGUAUGUGUAGAGACGAGAGCCAUACUUUAUGCACCAAGCAGGACGAAGUCCAUGUUCAGACUCAGGAGAUUCAGGUUGAGAGCCGAUUCAAAACAUCUGAAUCUCAAAUUCAACGAGAUCUUCAUCUUUGA